AUGAAGCACCUAGGCAUGCAGAGUGCUUCUACAAACAUUUGUGAAAGAGUGAGUCUCUCUCAGGAGCUCAGUGAAUUCAAGCGUGGUACCGUGAUAGGUUACGUCCUGUGCAAUAAGUCCAUCCCUGAAAUUUCCUUGCUGCUACAUAUUCUACGGUCAACAGUUAGUAGUAUUAUAACAAAGUGGAAGCAACUGGGAAUAACAGCAACUCAGCCAUGAAGUGGUAGGCCACAUAAAAUGACAGAGCAGGGUCUGCGCAUUCUGAAGCUCACAAUGUGCAGAAAUCGCUAACUGUUUCAAUAACUAAAGACCUCCAAACUGCGUGUAGCCUUCACAUUAGAAUACUGCCAGGGAGGUUAAGAAGUGG